AUGCCCUACGCGGACGUCAACACUGACAAGCUAUCUAUUCUCUGGUCUAAAAAGAGCCUUGACACUCUGUUCGGCUCUUUGUCUCUUGACGCUCUUUCUCCGUCGAUUCUUUCCGAAGAUCAAAGAAGCGAGGAAGAGAUGCAAACCAUCUCGAAUGCUUCGUCUACUAUCUCCUUCUUUCGUUGUUCUUCGAAGAUAACAAGUCAGCCAUGUGUGAGACAACUUCACCUCAGAAAGGGUCUUGUAUGCAGAGUCAUGAAGCUUGUCUCUUCACCUCUUAGGACUUUGCGCGGUGCUAUCAAAUCUAUUCGUGUGUCAAAUUUCUGCAGUGUCUCCAACAUCUCCUCAUUACAAAUUGAACUGGUGCCUUGUCUUAAGGACAACUAUGCCUAUAUUUUACAUGAUGAGGAUACUGGUACAGUUGGUGACCCUUCUGAAGCUGAACCUGUGAUAGAAUCAUUGCAAAGGAAUGGUCAAAACCUAACGUAUAUAUUGAAUACACAUCAUGAUUAUGAUCAUACUGGUGGAAACUUGGAAUUGAAAGACAGGUACGGUGCAAAGGUGAUUGGCUCAGCUGUAGAUAAAGACCGCAUACCUGGAAUUGAUAUAGCCUUGAAGGAUGGUGACAAAUGGAUGUUUGCUGGUCAUGAAGUUCAUGUUAUAGAUACUCCUGGCCACACAAAAGGAUCACGAGCUAUCUUCACUGGAGACACAUUGUUUAGCUUAUCAUGUGGUAAACUCUUUGAAGGUACACCUAAGCAGAUGCUUGCUUCUCUCCAAAGGAUCAUAUCUUUACCAGAUGACACAAGCAUAUAUUGUGGUCAUGAAUAUACGUUGAGUAAUUCAAAGUUUGCGUUGUCUAUAGAGCCAAAUAAUGAAGUACUCAAGUCUUAUGCAGCUCAUGUUGCAGAGCUCCGUAACAAGAAACUACCUACGAUUCCAACAACAGUGAAGAUGGAGAAAGCUUGUAACCCGUUCCUCCGAAGUUCGAAUACAGAUAUUCGUCGAGCUUUAGGCAUUUCAGAGACUGCAGAUGACGCAGAAGCUUUGGGGAUUAUCCGAGAAGCUAAGGAUAAUUUCAAAGCUUAGGCUUACAAUCUCUAGUCCAUAUAAAUUAGGUGAACUUGGACCUUUUUUUGUAUUUUCCUUCAAAACCAAUGAGGCAGAGAAAUAUAUUUUUACUUUUGAUGUAAAACCUCUUGUUUUUGGAACUCAUUGACACGCAAUUAGGUUUUGGAUUGUUCUUCAAAAAUUUAGUGAAUGUUAAGGUUUUCUGUAAGAGAAUGA